AUGGCUUCAGCGGCUACGACGUAUUGUCGACAAUGCGACUCUGGUUCGUAUCGGUGUGAUGAUUGUCGUCGAACGUUUUGUGACUAUCAUUUUUCUGAACACCGUCAGCAAAUAGUCGAGCAAUUCGAUCAUCUACAACAUGAUUAUUCGAACUUGAAUGAAAUUCUUUCGCUUCCACCAUCGUAUGAAAGCUUAGCAGGAAAUACCGAUUUAAUCAAUAAGAUUGACCAAUGGGAAGCGGAUACGAUUCGUCAAGUUAAAGAAAUAGCGGAGCAAACACGAAACAAAAUUCGUUCACGAGCGGAUGCAAUUCCGAAUGAUCGAUUUGGAACAGAAUUUCAUCGACUAACCGAGCAAUUUCAACAAACUCAACGAACAAAUACUUAUUCCGAGUUGGAUAUUCAACGAUUAGCAACACAACUGAACAAUUUAAAAAUUCAGGUUGAAAAUUCCUCGUUAACUACAGCUGAUCUUCAAAUUUUGCCAAUAGAUUGGUCAAAAUAUCUUCAAAUAACCACAAAGCAGCCGAAUCUACCAAGAAUUCAACAACAAGACUUUCACUUCGAAUGGCUACUAACAACAAAAGCACGAUUGAGUCUAGAUGUGAAAGGUUCCGAUUGGCACAUGUUAGGCACAUCAUCUCCGCAACACUCAACAUUUCUUCAUUAUCAACAUACGAACAAACACCGCCGUUUAUCGAUUAUUAACCAUAAUGGUCAACAAAAACUUGUGCCAUGGUACGACGAUCAAGCCGUCUGGGAUAGUUGUUGGUCGUCUUAUCUAAAUAAAUUUCUUAUACUGGCUGAUAAUCGACUUUACACAUAUGAUGAUGAAAUUGAAACCUCCGAUUCGAUGCAAUUGAUUGAAAGUGUUCAACCAAAACGUAAUGAAAUGGAAUUCCUUCGUUGUACUUGUUCGAAUGAUACACUUUUCAUAACAUACGAUGAACGAAACACUUCGAUCGAUGAAUACAAGAUGACUCCUUGGAGACGCGUCCACGAAUACGUGAAUAUUGUCAAACCAAAUGAAAUUAUAAUGAGUUUAACAUUUUCAAUGACGAAUUCAAAUUUAAUCGGAAUGACACUACUCGAUGAUAGACAACAGUGGCAUUUUGAACUGCGAGAUCGAUCGAUGUCAUUAAUCUCAUCAAUUCAAUUGGAUAAAAGCGAAUUUAAUCGACGUAUUAUAUCAUUACCUAAUUUAACUUUCAAUUGGCUGAUUAUUCAUACAGGAUCAAAAUAUCUCACUGUUCUGAAUGAAAAUGCCCAAAGUAAACGAAUAAUUGAAUGUGCGGAAAAUGUCGAUCUAACAACAUACGUUCCUAAGCGAAAUUCCUUAGUUUUACUGACACAAAAAAGUAAAUUGAAAUUUUUCGAUCUGUAA